UCUCGAUAAACGUUUUAUUUUAUAUAACGUGUGGUUUUAGCGAGACAAGUUGACAAGGAAUAAUAUGUCUGCUUUACCGAAAGGUGAUUUGAAAAAAAGGUUUGCUUUGCCCCCAGUUCCAACAACUGGACCAGGAAAAGGUUGUGGGGGAAGAAAGUUAUUGCUGAAGACACGUGACUACAGUCCAGUGUACUGGGACAAGUACUUUGAAAACAAACAUGAUGUGAAGACAAGACAAGAUGAUACGUUCCGAGUUUAUGAUUGUGGAAACAAGGGGCCAGUUUUGUUUUUUCUGCAUGGUGGAGGGUUCUCAGCCCUUUCAUGGGCUCUUUUGUCAGCAACUGUGUCCCACCUGGUCACCUGUAGAUGUGCUGCCAUGGACUUGAGAGGACACGGUGAUUCAGUCACUUCAAAUGACAAAGAUCUCUCACUUGACACCAUGUCCAGGGAUGUAGCUGAUGUCAUCGAUGUGCUGUAUGGGGAUACGCCACCACAGAUCAUUCUAGUUGGUCACAGCAUGGGUGGUGCGAUCGCAGUAAACACAGCCAACAAAGAAUUGAUUCCUUCCUUGGCUGGACUCUGUGUCAUAGACGUGGUGGAAGGUACGGCAUUGGAUGCUCUUUCCAGCAUGCAGUCUUUCCUCCGGGGUCGACCAAAGUCAUUCAAGACAUUAGACAUGGUAGUAGAAUGGAUAGUGCGCACUGGUCAGAUUAAGAACAUUGAUUCAGCUCGAGUGUCUAUGGUGGGUCAGGUGAAAUGUGUGGAUACGAAUGAGACGGCCUCGUCUGAGUUGGAACAAGUCCACAGUUCGUCUGAGACAAUCAUCGAGGAAGAUGAAGAACAUCCUGGGGAGAAGCUGCCGGAUUCUUCUCCGAAUGGAUCGUCAGAACUACGUCAGAAUGAAGACUCUUCAUCGUUCUCAGCACCACAGGGUCCUCACAGUUAUACAUGGAGAAUAGACUUGGCUGAAACAGAACAGUUCUGGAAAGGCUGGUUUCAAGGAUUGUCUCAGAAGUUUUUAUCUUGUAGUGUUCCAAAGAUGCUAAUCCUUGCAGGGAUGGACAGACUUGAUAAAGAUCUUACUAUUGGACAGAUGCAGGGGAAAUUUCAGCUGCAGGUUUUACCACAGAGUGGCCAUGUAGUGCAUGAAGACUGCCCGGACAAAGUAGCUGAUGUUCUAGCCACAUAUCUCGUGCGUCACAAGAUGGCCGAACCGACCACUGACUUUGAAAGAACUGUCCCCUAUUGUUGAUAAAUGUCCACGAUCUUCAAAUGCCAAACCGUGACCAUCUUGUUCCCUGCCUGCUGAAAGAGACUCAACUGGUAACUGAAUCGUCCUAGCACACAAAACUCACUUACAGCGAGCGAGAGCUACUGGUAACUCAUCAGUUAUUCAGAAUCACUAUCAAGACGACUGGUUAGUAGGGAGAUGGUGGAAACCUUGAAUGGCAACCGGUAAAACUAAGGUGCAUCAGACCAUACACCAACAAGACUUGUUUUCAUAUAUGUACCCAAUUCUGACAUUGUAUCAUCCAGUUUGUGUGAUCUCGGUGGACAAAGCAUGUUGUUGGGAGUUUUAUCUGUAUCACUGAAAGUCAGUUUAAUAAGCAGAGAAAAUAAUAUGUGAAAAUAGCAUUUCACAUAGUAGCUUUCUGCUUGUUUAUUUCAGUAGUGUCUCCGAAAUAUUUGAUGCAUCAGUGUCACAGAUAAAAUGUUUUACGGCCAAAGAAAAAGCAUUUAUUAAUCUUU